AAACACAACACUCAUCUCUACAACCGGAUAUCAAGGUUACACCCCAACGAGUUGGUUGAGUAUACGGAGCAGCAACAAUUCACAAAAGACUGUGAAGCUAACACAAACCUGGACAAUUUUAAGUACUGUAAGACUUUCCAAAAACGGCAAGCAGAGGUUACAGCGGAUGAACCAGCGGUGUCUUUUUUCCGGCACGUGUCAAGCGAAUUGAGUAAGUACUCGGACACAAAUCUCAAGUUCAUUAAAAAUUGUUACGCUCUCCCUUCAAACCGUAACAUGAAAGACAUCAUGAAUUACCUGUCUCGUCCUUUGUCUCUGGACCCUCUCACGCGCCGAGGAAUGAAGAGAAUGCGCUCACAGUCGCCGAACCUCAGACAUAGGAUCCGUUCAGCUGAGAGACACAGCGUCCAGACUGGCCGAUCUCUCAAUGCUGAAAGUCUGAGCGUUUGUACUGAAGAAAUGCAAGACUCUUCUCGUGACAGGGGUAUCCGUCACUUCGAUUUCGGCAACAGACCGCGGUUCAGAAGCGUAGACCUUAUUGGCACCAAGACGCGUCGCUGUCUUAAAGACGAUGAAGCCAACGAAGGCCAAACGACCGUCAAACGCGCGAAUAGCAGCUCCAACAUAAGAGAAUCAGCACGCAAUAGCUUUACAACUAAGCAUGCUAAAAAAGAUUGCAUCGAAGUCGGUCAUAUUUCCCACAAUAAAACAAGGAAUAAUUCUGAAAAUUGCCUGGAGGAGAGAGCGACCUAUUUAGAUGACGUCAGAAUAUUUAUCGUUGCAUCUGCUAGUUCGGCCAGUGAAGAAAACGGAAGCUCACGACAAAUGAGCUGUGAGAAAUACCUGAAAAAGAUGAUUAACAAGGUGCUAAAACACGAUGAGUCUGCUCACACUGAGGGCUCUAAUGGCAAGUUCCGUGUGCUCGACAAUAUCAACAAGACCUCCAACAAGACCUCCAACAAGACCUCCAACAAGACCUCCAACAAGACCUCCAACAAGACCUCCAACAAGACCUCCAACAAGACCUCCAACAAGACCUCCAACAAGACCUCCAACAAGACCUCCAACAAGUCGUCGAAUAACACCGAGAACCAGCAGCAUCGCUCGUGGGACAUCAACACCACCUCAGGAGUAGCUGCACCGCGAUACACGGUCAUUUUGUUGAUCAUUUUCUGUGGACUGCUCACGCCAACAGAUGCUUUUUUAGACACUACGACGACCUUCACAUCGUUCAUUACAUUCAAGUUGGGAGAAGACAUUUGGUCUACACUGCUGUGUGUCUUGUUGGUGUUUUUUGGACAAAAACUCUGCGGCAAAGUCUGGGAUUUGUUGUUCGCCAAAAAGAAGCCUAUUGUAGAUCAACAGGACACGGUGAUUGUAUCCAAAAGGACUCUGCUGGAAUUAUUGGAAAACAAUACCAAACUGGUUGGCUUCAUUCUGGAGCAUCAUUUCUGUGACGAAAUCCAGGCUGUUAAAAAAAGGAGAGACCAAUCGCACAAGCUCGACAUUGCUGUAAAGCCUUAAUGUUAGGGGUUUCAUGAGACGUCUGGGGCUUGUACCUAAUCAGCCCCCUGUCCCACCACAGCCCGUACGUCGUAGAUCUUUUCAGCGACAGCUGUUUGUUAAUGGUUAACUUGUAACCAUGAAACUGUUUUUAAAAAACCCUGACAGUUUUGAUAAGUAGUUUUCUUUAUUUGCACUGUGGGUUAUUUGUUAUAUAAGUUAGCCUAUUUGGUGUAAAAAUAGUUCAAAUAAUUCAGCAUGUUUUUAUUAUAGUGUUUUGUUAUUUUAAAAUAUUUUUAAAUCAUAGGCUAAUACAUGAUUAAUUUUUUUUAUAUACUAACGUACUGGAUCCUGUAUUUUCGAGGAACUUUGACUGUGGUAUAUUAAUAUUCAUAUU